UCCACUCGUUUCGAUUUCCGUCGAUGCAUUUCUUCGACGUCACACUUGCAAUUUCGCAAGAAUAUAGUUGAGAAAAGAACCUCGACGCGAGCGUUUCUUAAUAUUAGAAUCAUCGACUCGUAAUGCGUGUCCAAACCUCACUAUAUAUACGCAGGAUUUAUAAAAACAAUAUAUAUAUAGUUUAGUAAUAUACAAAAUUUAAAAAAUGGCAGUUCCAUUCAGCAAAUUCACUCUACAACCUUGCCUUGGCCAGAAGCAGUGGCACAUUUUCAACAAUCCCAAGAACAAGUCACUCUGACUCCUCGGGAACCGAAGAACCCCCCAACAAGCAACUCCCGCUCUAUUUCGCAAGAGGCCUGAAUUCCGAGCAUUAGAUCGGCCAUUGUUCCCCUGGUGUGGCGAUCCGGUGAACCAGCUUUGACAUCAAAAAUCGUCGAAGGGACAGCGGCUCUGGACUCACGGUUUGGUUGGUCGGGGGGGAGGGUGGCGUAGAGGGGCGAAGAAAAAUCGUGAGAGGAAGGAAAGAGAGAAAGAGAGACCCGCUCUCUAGCCGUGUGUGUCGUGAAAGUUAUAGUGGCGAGAGGAGAGGCGAGCGGGGAUCCUGAAUCGCUUCUGGUACCUCUGGUAGAUCGUGGCUAAGCCAGUCGCUCGCUCGCCGCUCACCUAAACGGCUUUCACCUGGGCCGAUUACGAAGAUCCUUGGUCGUCGACCGCCUCCGAACGAUUCUGCUCAGCGUACACCCGUUCUCUUGCGUGCGUAUGCACGCGAAAAUGGUCCCGUGGUCCCGUGGCCGGUGAUCGGUGAUCGACCUAACUCGGCGACACGUCCGGAUGGUGAAUGGUGUUUUCCCGUCGUCCAAAUAGUGUCUACGCGCGACCCAGGUGUACUACGUAUGUACCAGGACCAGUCUAGGUGGUAGAGAAGAACGAGACUGUCAUAAGCAUCGGUUGGCCGAUCGGCAGACGGCGUGUCCACUGAUCCUGUUGGACGGAACGGUCCAAUCGGUGUCUGCGGCAGGUUUCACUUUCGUCUGGCAGGAUGUCAAAAAAUAAUCAGAUAACAAAUGGAAUGCUACCAGGAGGCGGAGGAGUGGCCGACGCUGACGAUUUUUCGGACGGCGAGAGUACUCCAUUGACACAGGACUAUGGCGACAGUCAGAGAACUGUCGUGGAAACGAAAGGAUGGGACGUGUUCCGGAACCCACCGCCGAAGAUCGAUUCCGGCUCGAUGGCGAAUCAAAGAUGCCUGGAGGUGACGGUACAGAUAACGAAGAUGGUUGUGUACCUGUUAGUUUUCGUGAUAGUGCUAGGAAGCGGUGUUGUUGCCAAAGGAACGAUUUUAUUUAUGACAUCACAGCUGAAAGCCAACCGAACGAUCAAUUACUGCAACAGGCAGUUAGGCCGGGAAAAGCAAUUCGUAGUAUCAUUACCAGAAGAAGAGAGGAUAGCGUGGAUCUGGUGCAUCAUAAUAGCGUUCGCGGUACCGGAAUUCGGCACCCUGAUCCGCAGUAUUAGGAUAUGCAUUUUCAAGUCUUGGAAGAAACCACCUGCUUCUCACUUCCUGCUCGUCUUCCUCAUGGAGACCUUCCACGUGGUCGGCCUGGCUCUGAUGUUCAUGGCAGUGCUCCCCGACCUGGACGUGGUCAAAGGUGCGAUGCUAACCAAUUGCGUGUGCUUCGUACCUGGGUUAUUAGGGUUGCUCUCCCGCAACAAGAACAAAGACGAAUCGAAGAGAUUUGUUUUGGUGCUGAUCGAUGUUGCUGCACUCGUCGCUCAGGGAACAAGUUUCUUCCUUUGGCCAUUGUUGAACAGUUCCCGGCCCUCCUUAUGGCUCAUACCGCCAUCUUUGUUCAUGGUUUCGUGCGGCUGGUGGGAAAAUUAUGUUUCGAUGCAGAGUCCGAUCGGAUUCGUUAAAUCUCUGGCAAGGGUGAAGAAAGAAUUGCGGGUGACGAGAUACUUCACUUACAUGUUUAUAUCGCUUUGGAAAAUCGUGGCAUUCUUUAUCAGCACUUUGCUGAUAUUAUAUAUAAAAGGCGAAACUGUUGGCCAUUUAUUUACCAUGCUGAGCGACGCUUUCGGCAGCCACACCAUCAUGGUAUCGACGGUAAGACUGGAUGCCACUAGCAGGACCACUGACACCGCAGACAUCUUGGAAAUCAGCGACAGAACACCUGUACUAUCAGACGUCCACACUCCUAUAUAUGUUUUACUGCUGCAAAUAUUCGGUGCUUACUUCACGUACAUAUUCGGUAAAUUCGCGUGCAAGAUCUUGAUACAAGGUUUCAGCUACGCGUUCCCGGUAAAUCUGACGAUUCCAGUGUCGAUCUCUCUAUUGAUCGCUGCCUGUGGCCUGAGGAACGGCGAUCCUUGCAUAUUUCACGGGACCAUUCCGGAUUAUCUAUUCUACGAGUCGCCGCCAUUGCACUUCCUCAACGACUUCGUGUCGCAGCAAUAUGCCUGGGUGUGGCUGCUGUGGUUGCUGUCGCAAACUUGGAUUACCCUGCACGUGUGGACACCGAAAUGCGAACGUCUGGCUUCCACGGAGAAGCUGUUCGUCGUACCCAUGUACAACUCACUCCUGAUCGAUCAGUCGAUGGGCCUAAACAGGAAGAGGGAUGACCAACCGGAGGUGAAAGUCGAGGAUCUGGCGGAGAUAGAGAAAGAAAAGGGAGACGGGGAUUAUGAGACCAUCUACGAGCAAACGGACGGCUCGACUACACCCCCGUCGGCUGUAAAGAGUAGCGAUCAUGUAACCAGGAUAUAUGCCUGCGCGACCAUGUGGCACGAGAACAAGGAAGAAAUGAUGGAAUUCUUGAAAAGUAUCCUGCGGCUGGAUGAGGAUCAAUGUGCACGACGUGUCGCCCAGAAGUACCUCAAGGUUGUCGAUCCGGACUACUAUGAAUUCGAGACUCACAUCUUUUUCGAUGACGCCUUCGAGAUAUCGGAUCACGAUAACAACGAGUCGCAAGUGAACAGGUUCGUGAAACUGCUGGUGGGCACUCUGGACGAGGCUGCAUCGGACGUCCAUCAAACGCGAAUGCACGUCAGAGCACCGAAGAAAUACUCGACACCGUAUGGAGGACGAUUAGUUUGGACUCUACCUGGGAAAACGAAGAUGAUCGCCCAUUUGAAGGAUAAGAGCAAGAUUCGUCACCGAAAACGUUGGAGUCAGGUCAUGUACAUGUACUAUUUGUUGGGACAUCGGUUAAUGGAGCUGCCAAUUAGCGUCGACCGCAAGGAAGUGAUCGCGGAGAAUACCUAUUUGCUGACUCUCGAUGGUGACAUCGACUUCCAACCAGCCGCUGUGAAACUACUCGUGGAUUUGAUGAAGAAGAACAAGAACCUCGGCGCAGCUUGCGGUCGCAUCCAUCCAGUCGGUUCAGGUCCUAUGGUGUGGUAUCAGAUGUUCGAGUACGCCAUCGGUCACUGGCUUCAAAAGGCAACCGAACACAUGAUUGGUUGUGUACUUUGUAGUCCCGGGUGCUUUUCACUCUUCAGAGGAAAAGCUUUGAUGGACGACAACGUGAUGAAGAAGUACACGACGAGAUCCGACGAGGCCAGGCAUUAUGUUCAGUACGAUCAAGGAGAGGAUCGAUGGCUAUGUACGCUUCUUCUGCAACGUGGUUACAGGGUAGAAUAUUCAGCAGCUAGUGAUGCCUACACCCACGCACCUGAAGGCUUCAAUGAAUUUUACAACCAACGCCGUCGAUGGGUACCCUCUACCAUAGCAAACAUUAUGGAUCUUCUCAUGGACGCGAAACGAACGAUUAAAAUCAACGAUAAUAUUUCUCUGCCUUAUAUCUCUUAUCAGAUCUUGCUCAUGGGUGGGACCAUCUUAGGACCAGGUACGAUUUUCCUCAUGUUGGUGGGUGCCUUCGUGGCAGCUUUCAAGAUCGACAACUGGACCAGCUUCUACUAUAACAUUAUCCCUAUUCUGCUCUUCAUGAUCGUAUGUUUUACUUGUAAAGCGAACAUUCAGCUUCUGUGCGCGCAGAUACUCUCGACAGGAUACGCAAUGAUAAUGAUGGCCGUGAUCGUAGGUACAGCCCUCCAACUUGGAGAGGACGGUAUCGGUUCACCCUCGGCCAUAUUCUUGAUAUCCCUGUCCAGUUCCUUCUUCAUAGCUGCCUGUUUGCACCCUCAAGAGUUUUGGUGUAUCGUCCCUGGUAUCAUUUAUCUCCUAUCCAUCCCGUCUAUGUACCUCCUCCUUAUCCUCUAUUCGAUUAUAAACCUGAACGUCGUCUCGUGGGGAACUCGUGAGGUCCAAGUGAAAAAGACCAAAAAGGAACUCGAACAAGAGAAAAAGGAAGCCGAGGAAGCGAAACGGAAGGCAAAGCAGAAGUCUUUGCUAGGAUUUCUUCAAAAUGGCGUAGGUUCGAACGACGACGACGAAGGAUCGAUAGAAAUUUCCUUGGCAGGGUUGUUCAAAUGCAUGUUUUGCACUCAUGGACAAACCUCCAAUGAGAAACAACAAUUGGUCGCCAUUGCUGAGUCUUUGGAAAUUGUGAACAAACGUCUGGAAGUCAUCGAAAGAGUUGCAGAUCCCCAUGGAGUGGCGAGUCGUCGUCGCGUAUCAUCUGCAGGCUCACGGGCAGGAGAUCACUUGGACCCCAUUAACGAGAAUCCUGCGAAGAAUAGCGAUUCUCACAGCGACGCGGAAACGGUGACCAGUCAAAAUUCCGCAGGCAAUCGCGAGGGUAGCGGCUUCCUCAGCAGGCCAUAUUGGCUGAGCGACGAAGGGCUGAAGAAAGGAGAGAUCGAAGUAUUAUCCCUGCAGGAGGAGCAAUUCUGGAAAGAUCUGUUGGAUAUGUAUCUGUACCCUAUAGACGAGGACCAGGCAGAAAAGGCCCGAAUCGCCAAAGAUCUAAAGGACCUACGUGACCAGAGCGUUUUCGCGUUUUUUAUGAUGAACGCCCUCUUCGUCCUGAUCGUCUUUCUGCUGCAAUUAAACAAAAAUUUGUUGCACGUGAAGUGGCCUUUCGGUAUCAAGACGAACAUCACCUUUGACGAGCGCUCGCAGGAGGCUCGCAUUGCCGGUGACCUAAUCGAGCUGCGGAACAAGAGCGUGUUCGCGUUUUUUAUGUUCAAUGCGUUGUUCGUUCUGAUCGUAUUCUUGCUGCAGCUGAACAAAGAUCAGCUGCACGUUGUCUGGCCACUCGGCGUCAAGACGAAUAUCACCUUCAUUGAAGAGACCUCGGAGGUACACAUCACGAAGGAGUACCUACAGCUAGAGCCAAUCGGUCUGGUGUUUGUGUUCUUCUUUGCGUUGAUAUUGGUUAUUCAAUUCACCGCGAUGCUGUUCCAUCGAUUUGGAACGUUCGCUCAUAUUUUAGCCAGCACCAGCUUGGAUUGGUACUGUUGUAGGAAGGCAAAGGAUUUGUCAGAGGAAGCGUUAUUGUCUAAGCAUGCGGUGGAAAUUGCCAGGGAUUUGCAAAGAUUACACGGUAUGGAGGGUGACUACGAGGAGGGUAGUGGUAGCGGUCCAGGAAGGAGAAAAACCAUAAGGAACCUCGAAAAGAGCCGUAGAAAAACGCAGGCAAUCAAUACACUUGAUGUCGCCUUCAGGCAACGAUUUAGCAGAUUGUCCAAUGGUAAUGAUCUGCCAAGGAACAUGUCAACUAGAUGCUCUGCAAAGGCUUUCAAAGCAUUCGAGGAUCGUAGGAUUGCACUGAGGCGAAAAUCGCAGAUGCAAACCUUAGGAGCGAAUAACAUCUUCGGUGUGGCUGGCAAUCCUUUGGGAAUACAGGGUCGUCCCUCUAGGAGCAGUCAGAUUUCAGUCAAAGAUGUAUUCGAUAAUCAUGGGGGCCACACGAAUUCUGCCUACGAACCGGACGAAAACACCGGAAGUAGCCUCAGACUUCACAAUUUAGGACAGAAUGAACAUUAUGGCCAUUUUGGAGGAUCCACGAGAAUCAGGAACGAAGACAUCAACGGCCACAGCUUCUCUGGUAGACACUAAAACUCGAUCCUAGUGAAGAUUCCAUUUGAAUACCAUCGCGCUCACUAGCGCAACCUCUAGCAAUUACCUAUUAAUUAUUCGAUUACAUACGAUGUAAGAGCGAAUAGAAAAGUACGAAAAGACUGCCUUCGAGUAGACUAAUUUAUGACGAAGUGAACUGGAACAGGGCCGUCUUUAAACUCCCUAUUUAUUUAUUAUGCGAAACAGAAAAGAAGAUAGAAAAUAUUCCUUUCUUCUCUAAACUCGACCACAAAAAAAGAAAAGAAAAAAAAUAAGAAAAGUAAAAAAGAAA